GCUUGAUUCAAUCAUUCACCUUUCUGUAUAUUGACUCCUCGUUGAAGUUCUUAUCAGCUACUCAACAAGGCUUUGAUGAUGGAUGGCUUUCUGGAUCUGCUCAUGGAUGAAUGAUCGAUAGCUCACGAGUGACCGUCUAGCAGGCCACCCUUGACCUCUUGGCAGAACGGUUUCCCAUCCUUGACGCGUGGCUGGGACGACGAACUUCCUCGGUUCCCCAACCUCGGGUUGCAUUCUCCACUUACCGGCCUCGAAGCCCUGGUCCCCGGUGCAGUUUCCACCAGGUUGCCAAAACCUGUAACAACCAGCCUCUGUUUCGAAUAUCAAGAUAUCGAGAUCCUCUUCUCUGUCCAAUUAACACCUGAAAAUAGGAAUGAAAUUUUCUCGUCUUCUUGACGGAAAAGCUCUUCACAACUCAGUUUUACGAAAUGGUUCCGCGAAGAUCGACCGAAGGUACCGACGAUAUCCAAAUAGUUAGCGUAAUUGGACUCAAUUUGCCCAGACAACCAUUUUCGUGAACCGGACCUUCUCCCCCGGCAACGGCGGCCCUAGAACAACGGAAACCUUUGCAGAGCUGCUUCUUUCGGGUCUGCAAUUUCGGCAACCACUUUCCCAUCGAGGAGGUCGCCAUGCACAUGGACCGAAACCCCUGUCCCAUCCUUCCAGAAGAACCAACUUUUGACGAUCAAGCUGUUUUCUCUGGCAACUUCCUGGUCACGGUUUCAGUUUCCCUAAAUGGAUCGCCGUGAGAUGGGAUUGGUCACUGAGUCGGGCCCGCCCUGCCGAUCUGAGAGUCGAGGCCGAAAACAAUUCACAGAGGAUGCCGGCCUGACCAAAGAUUACGGCCGUCUCGCCAGGGGAGCAUCCCCCCAGCUGACGCCGGCCUCGGAGUGGAUGUUCGGCUGCGGCCCGGAGCGGCUGACGGUUGCCAAGAUGAUCACCCGGAGCCACUUUCUACCACUUAGAUGGCAAUGCUCCGUGCCCUCGUUCAAGAUGGAGACAGUUGUGAGAGGUUUAGAUACCAAGCUGGCAGUAUAUACAGUAUCUGAUGCAUUCCGCCGCAUCACUCAAACCUUUGUUUAUCUCACCCUGCGAAUAUGAGUCCCCUAAGGCAAAACCACAGCACAUGCCCAUCAUCCACUGGUAUGGCACUAGCCUGAUAAUAGCAUGUUGCUCUCAGGUGGAAAAGGAAACAAUCACAACUGUGGGCGAUUAGAUAAGACAGCUGAUGUCUUGUUCCAGAGCAACGUUGCCAAGACGCGGGCCAAAAUCUGCAGGUCAUCAUGCACGAUUGCCUGCCAUCAACAGUCAGAACCAAAUCCAGACCACACAGCUUCACAUCAUCACUGCCAAGCCUUGGAGGAUAUCGGAGUUGAAGCUCCCAAGACGCCAGAAGGCUCCCAUCGACGUUGCAAGUAUAUCAGAGGAAGAACAACAUCCUCUACUCUCGUCCCUGGUGAUGCUGGAUGACUCAGCAGCCCGCCGCGGGGUUUGGGUGGUUUGGACUGGCCCUUGGCAAAGCACCUCAACUUCGGUGCUCAUUGCAUCAUCAAGACAACCCCCAUACAUAUCUUCCACGAGACACGGUGACUCUCUCGAGGUCAGCCACACAUCCAGCUUGAUAGGCUGGGGGACGUGGGGUUUACCCACUGGAUUUAUGCUGGAAACAUGGUAUUUGCAACCGCUAACGCCUACAUUGCGGUGUUUACUGAGACAGCGACGAUGGGUGUCUCGUGUUCUCGGCCGGCUGACAUUGGUGCUCAAGUGAGCCCUCACUGCUCUCGAAUAUCUUACUCACAUGGGUCUUCAACCUCCAGCCGGUGUCACAUUCAGUGAUGACUGUGCUUUUGGUGUCGAAUCGAUUGGCCUAGCGGUCUCCCGUAAUGGAGGCUCGACAAUGAGGUUUGAAACUGCAACUGAGGAUAUGUCCUGGCUGGGUUAGAAAGGUUUGAAUCUGUUGAUCGUCACCAUUCAACCCGGCCGGCAAAGAGCUUGGUUAUCACUUCUUUGCCUUUCCCAGUCCCACCAACUCGCGGACUCAGACUUUGGACCCAGCGGUGCCAGUGGUAAUUUGUUAGCUGUGAUAGGCAUGGGCAUCGAUUGCGCCAUCCACUUGAUGCCCACCUGCCCACCGCACCCGACCCCCCGCCGCCUCUUCACUGCCUGUCGGGCCCGACGUCAACAGUCCAACAUCUCCCUGCCUCUCUAGGAUAUGUAUUGAGCCUUCCUUGUUGCUUUUCCAGGUUGUUGGGACCUGGAGCUGGUCUCCUGAUGUCUCAUUCUUUCCUCCCGUCGCUUUUGCUAGGAAAGUAGAACCCGGCACUCGAGCGGACCUGUUACCUAAUGAUAAACACUCACGCCGCCCAUCUACACGAUUUGGGGCACACUCCAUCUUGCAGCAUCUCCUAAUCAGCAUCUCCGCCAAACCUCGCAUCACCUAUAAUCCUUACACCUACGGCAUGGUUUGCAUAUCCUGGCGCAUCCCGCACCUUAGACGACGACUUCUCGGCAACCCGGUGCAUAUUCAAGUCGAUACGCCCUCGGAUCGCAUCAUUUACAGCAUCUAAAAAGAUUGAAAAGAUCCGAGGCGGUGUAUCUGUUUCAAGCAUCUGAUCUCUUCCUUACCAGCCCAUGGUGUGACAGCAUUUCAAGAACUCAACAUCGACUCUUCUCAGUGUGGUCAUAUCCUCAGAAACUAGCCAUGACAUCUGGAGUUGGCCACAAGGUGGCCCGGCUGCUGGGAAUCCAGCUACAACCGAAAGACCCAUAUCACCAUGUCAAUGACCCAAGAGAAACAGCCCAUUUCAACACAGACCAGACAUUUGUGGAGGAGUCACCGAGGGUGGAUGACUUUUUCUUGAAAUUAGUACCCUCUGGCCCGCAAGUAUGGCGAUAUCUGGUGUCUCUGUUUCCGUUUCUCUCCUGGAUCGGAUACUACAACCUUCAAUGGCUUGCUGGAGAUCUGGUUGCUGGCAUCACCAUCGGCGCUGUUGUCGUACCUCAAGGUAUGGCUUAUGCCAGACUGGCCAACCUGGAUGUUCAGUUUGGUCUGUAUUCGAGCUUUAUGGGUGUUCUUGUUUACUGGUUCUUCGCAACCUCCAAGGACAUUACCAUCGGUCCUGUUGCUGUCAUGUCUCAACUUACCGGCGCUGUCGUGACUGAUAUGGCUGCUGUCCUUCCUGACGUUCCAGGCCAUGUCAUUGCAUCUGCUCUUGCACUCUUGGCCGGUGCCGUUGUGGUGUCCAUCGGGCUCAUCCGCUGCGGAUGGAUUGUCGAUAUCAUCUCGCUUACCUCUCUCUCGGCAUUCAUGACCGGCUCAGCCAUCUGCAUUGCUGUCGGGCAAGUUCCAUCGCUGAUGGGCCUCAGCGGCUUUUCAACUCGCGAUCCGACGUAUCUUGUGUUCGUCAACAUACUCAAACACCUGAACACAGCGAGUAUGGAUGCCGCCAUGGGGUUGUCGGCACUUGCUAUGCUUUACCUUAUCAGGGGAGUUUGCAUGUGGAUUGGGACACACUACCCGAAACAUCAGAAGCUCGCCUUCUUUAUUUCGACGUUGAGGGUCGUGUUCGUCAUUGUUCUCUACACUCUGAUCAGCUACCUGGUCAACAGGAGCUUGCCGAGGGGUACAGCCAGAUUCAAAAUUUUGUUUGACGUUCCUAGAGGGUUCCAAAACGCGGCUGUCCCGGUCAUCAAUACCUCUAUUGUCAGCAACCUGAUUGGAUACUUGCCCGCUACUGUAGUGGUGCUGCUCAUCGAACACAUUGCUAUCUCGAAGUCGUUCGGUCGAGUCAACAACUACAGAAUCAACCCUUCUCAAGAAAUGGUAGCCAUUGGCAUCACCAACAUGCUGGGGCCCUUCCUCGGCGGGUACGCUGCAACGGGCUCUUUCAGUCGCACUGCCAUUAAGUCGAAGGCCGGCGUGAGGACUCCGUUUGCCGGCGUCAUCACAGCCUUUGUGGUUCUCCUCGCCAUCUACGCCUUGCCGGCCGUGUUUUACUACAUUCCCAACGCGUCACUCUCUGCGGUGAUUAUCCAUGCCGUCGGCGACCUCAUCACCCCUCCCAAUACAGUCUAUCAGUUCUGGCUCGUAUCACCAUUCGAGGUCUUGAUCUUUUUUGUCGGUGUGUUUGUCACCAUCUUUUCGAGCAUUGAGAAUGGCAUCUACACCACGGUGCUGCUCUCGGCAGCGAUGCUUCUCUUUCGGAUUUUGAGAUCGAACGGCCGGUUCUUGGGGCGUGUCAAGGUUCAAUCCAUGCUUGGAAAUCGCGUUAUUGGCAACGACAGGCAGCAGCCGGUACCCGGGUAUGGCACGUUUACCGGCUCGCAGGAGGCGCCGACACGCAACAUCUUCUUGCCUAUCACGCACGCGGAUGGGUCCAACCCCGAGAUUGAGCUGGACAAUCCAUAUCCUGGCAUCUUCAUCUACCGGUUCGCCGAGGGGUUCAGCUACCCGAACGCGGGGAGCAGCCUGGAGCACUUGGUGGAACACAUUUUUGCGCACACUCGGCGGACGAACCUGGCGCAUUUCGACCGGCCUGGCGAUCGGCCUUGGAACGAGCCCGGCCCGUCAAGGAAGGACAUGAAGGCGGCGGCUGCGGCCGGGGUGGACGCGGGGAUCAUAGGGGUGGACGUGAGCUUGCCGACGCUCAAGGCGGUGAUUCUGGAUUUCAGCUCGGUGAACCACGUCGACAUUACUUCGGUGCAGCAGCUGAUUGACGUGAGGAAUCAGCUGGACCGGUAUGCCAGCCCGGAUAUUGUCGACUGGCACAUUGCCUGCAUCAACAACCGGUGGGCGAAGAGGGCGCUGGCGGCGGCGGGGUUUGGGUACCCGACUGUUGUGCCGGACGGGCCGCACAGGAGGUGGAGGAGCAUCUUUUCUGUGGCGGAGAUUGGGGGGUCGCACAGCGCGGCGGCGGCGGCCGAGGUGGAGGUGAACGAGAAGGAGAUUGCGAGGAGCAGGAGGCAGACUGCUGCUGAUGUGGAGGUUGGGAAUAAGCAGCAGCAGCAGCAGCAGCAGCAGCAUCAUCACCGUGGGCCAAAUGAUCCUAAGAAGGUUGGGACGGGCGGGAGUGAGAGUGUUCCGAGAAAGUCGACGGUUACGUUUGAGGAUGCGGUUCUUUCUUUGCACCAGAAGAGGAUGUCGCUGGGGCCGGAGCUGCACAGUGGGCGGACGGUGGUGGCGCCGGUGCAUGGGAUCAAUCGGCCGCUGUUUCAUGUUGACCUGACGAGCGCGCUGCAGAGCGCGGUUGCCAAUGUUGAGGGGAGGUAUGAGGGGUUGGAGGAGCAUCAUUAGGCGUUGUUAUUUUUCCAUAGAUUAUACCCGCAGGAAGUAGUGAUUAGUGUGAGAUAUUGGUUUCUCUUGAAGUUGUCCGUCA